UAUGAAUUCAUCCUAAUAUGGUGCUUUUGGUAUGAGUGGUAAUAAUUUCAAUUAAGCAAAACCCCCUGUCAAUAAUUACAAUUUUGAAAAUGUUAGAGUAAUUCAUCAUUUUUAUGAGAUUAGGCAUAAUAGCCUGCACCAGGUGGACCAUAACCUUCAAGAGGAAAACCUAUUGGUACAGCAGCCAGAUAACCUUAAGCAGAAGCUAGACCUAUGACAUCUAAUAGAGGAGCUAAUUUUGGGUAAAAGAAGGACCCAUUCAAUUCCACUCAAAAUCAAUUAAAUUUGAAUAAACCAAAACUUGAAACUAAUCCUGAAGAAUAAUUUAAAUCAAUAGAAAAAGAAAUCAAUACUCUUAUAGAAUAGAGUGCCAUGGCUAAAUUGAGGGGAAAUUUAUCAGAAUGUUUAGAAAAAGCCAAAGAAGCAUUCAAUAAGGAAAAAAAGUUAAGAUAAUCUAAGGAAGCAUAAAAUUUAGCUGAAUCAAUUAAUACUGAUCUUAGCUAUUGUGUAGCCUUAACUUAAGCAUGUGCUUUACAUGCAAAUGGAUUACAUUAAGAUGCUCUAUCUAAAUAUUAAGAAAUUAUAAAAUGUAAAUAAUACCCUCAAGCAGGCAGAUUAAGAGUAAAUAUGGGCAACAUUUAUUUUGAAUAAAAGAAGUACCCUAAUGCAAUAAAGAUGUAUAAGAUGGCAUUAGAUUUGAUUCCUGCUACUUCUAAAGAAAUGAGAUUCAAAAUAUAAAAAAAUAUAGGUCAUGCUUAAGUGAGACUUGGAAAAGAGAAAAUUAAUGAAGCUAUUACAACUUAUGAAUAAAUCCUUAAAAAUUCACCUGAUUUUCCAACAGGAUUUAAUUUAAUGAUUUGUUUAUAUUUAAGUGGAAAAAAGAAUAAAAUGAAAGAAAAUUUUGUUACUUUACUUACAAUAGAAAUACCAGGAGAGAAUGAAGAAGAGAAUAAUGAAAAUAAGGGUACUACAAUUACAGAUAAAUUAAGAGAAGAUACUAAAGAAAGAAGAAGAGAAGCUAUUUAUUAUAUUGUAACAUCUGCAAAAUUGAUUGCUCCUUUAAUUGAAGAUGAUAUUAUUGUAGGAUAUGAAUGGAUUUUAGAAUAGUUAAAGAAUUCAACAUUUCCAGAAGCUGAAACUGAAAUUGAAAUAUGUAAAGCAAUGGCAUUUUUGAAAAAAAAGAAUAUUGAAAAAUCUAUUGAAACUUUGAAAGGAUUUGAAAAGAAAGAUAAAUAAAUUAUGGCAAGAAUAGCUACAAAUAUCUCAUUUUUGUAUUUCUUAGAAAAUGAUUAUAAACAGGCUGAAAAAUAUGCAGAAAUUGCAAUUACAUAUGAUAGAUAUAAUGCUAAAGCUUUAGUAAAUAGAGGUAAUUGUCUUUAUGUUAAAAAUGAAUUCUUAAGAGCUAAAGAAUAAUAUUUAGAAGCUAUUGGUGUAGAAGCUGAUUGUAUUGAAGCACUCUACAAUUUGGCAUAUGUCAAUAGGAAAUUGAAUAUGUUUGUUGAAUCUCUAUAAGCAUUAGAUAAACUUUAAACUAUUGUUUGUAUUCCUGAAGUUUUAUUUCAAAUGGCUACAUUAUAUGAAAUGACUGGUAAUUCUAAAUAAGCUAUGAAAUGGUAUUUGGAAGUACUGAAUAAAGUACCAAAUGAUCCCAAUAUCUUGGCUAGACUUGGAUCCUUAUUUGCAAGGGUAUAGAAAAUAAUAAAUAAUUUAUUAGGAAGAUGAUGAACCUUAGGCUUUGCAUUAUUUCUAAGAAUCAUAUAGAAUUCUACCUACUAACAUAGAAACAAUUUCAUGGUUAGGAGUGUAUUAUGUGAAAUAGGAAAUGUAUGAAAAGGCUAGUUUAUAUUUCGAAAGAGCGGCAUAAGUUUAAUCAAGAGAUGUUAAAUGGAAAUUGAUGGUUGCAAGUUGUUAUAGAAGAAUGGGACAUUUCUAAAAAGCUUUAGGGAAUUACUAAAAGAUAUAUUCAGAUUAUCCUGAUAAUAUUGAAUGUAUUAAUUUAUAUUUAUUUAUUUAGGUCUCAGAUUUCUAGUUUAAUUAUGUAGAGAAAUGGGAUUACCUUAUGAAGAAUAUGCUGGAUAAUUAAGAAAAUUAGAGAGAGAAAUGGAAAUGAUGGAUGGAUAUUAAGGUUAAGAUAUUAAUUUAAUUAAUAAUGAAGAGGAAUAAGUUAGAUUACCAUAAGGAGAUGAUAAUCCUGUUAGUUUUACAAAUAAUACUAGGUAAUUANAUUUUGUUACUUUACUUACAAUAGAAAUACCAGGAGAGAAUGAAGAAGAGAAUAAUGAAAAUAAGGGUACUACAAUAACAGAUAAAUUAAGAGAAGAUACUAAAGAAAGAAGAAGAGAAGCUAUUUAUUAUAUUGUAACAUCUGCAAAAUUGAUUGCUCCUUUAAUUGAAGAUGAUAUUAUUGUAGGAUAUGAAUGGAUUUUAGAAUAGUUAAAGAAUUCAACAUUUCCAGAAGCUGAAACUGAAAUUGAAAUAUGUAAAGCAAUGGCAUUUUUGAAAAAAAAGAAUAUUGAAAAAUCUAUUGAAACUUUGAAAGGAUUUGAAAAGAAAGAUAAAUAAAUUAUGGCAAGAAUAGCUACAAAUAUCUCAUUUUUGUAUUUCUUAGAAAAUGAUUAUAAACAGGCUGAAAAAUAUGCAGAAAUUGCAAUUACAUAUGAUAGAUAUAAUGCUAAAGCUUUAGUAAAUAGAGGUAAUUGUCUUUAUGUUAAAAAUGAAUUCUUAAGAGCUAAAGAAUAAUAUUUAGAAGCUAUUGGUGUAGAAGCUGAUUGUAUUGAAGCACUCUACAAUUUGGCAUAUGUCAAUAGGAAAUUGAAUAUGUUUGUUGAAUCUCUAUAAGCAUUAGAUAAACUUUAAACUAUUGUUUGUAUUCCUGAAGUAUUGUAUCAAAUGGCUACAUUAUAUGAAAUGACUGGUAAUUCUAAAUAAGCUAUGAAAUGGUACUUGGAAGUAAUGAAUAAAGUACCUAAUGAUCCCAAUAUAUUGGCUAGACUUGGUUCCUUAUUUGCAAGGGUAUAGAAAAUAAUAAAUGAUUUAUUAGGAAGAUGAUGAACCUUAGGCUUUGCAUUAUUUCUAAGAAUCAUAUAGAAUUCUACCUACUAACAUAGAAACAAUUUCAUGGUUAGGAGUGUAUUAUGUGAAAUAGGAAAUGUAUGAAAAGGCUAGUUUAUAUUUCGAAAGAGCGGCAUAAGUUUAAUCAAGAGAUGUUAAAUGGAAAUUGAUGGUUGCAAGUUGUUAUAGAAGAAUGGGACAUUUCUAAAAAGCUUUAGGGAAUUACUAAAAGAUAUAUUCAGAUUAUCCUGAUAAUAUUGAAUGUAUUAAUUUAUAUUUAUUCAUUUAGGUCUCAGAUUUUUAGUGUAGUUAUGUAGAGAAAUGGGAUUACCAUAUGAAGAAUAUGCUGGAUAAUUGAGAAAAUUAGAGAGAGAAAUGGAAAUGAUGGAUGGAUAUUAAGGUUAAGAUAUUAAUUUAAUUAAUAAUGAAGAGGAAUAGGUUAGAUUACCAUAAGGAGAUGAUAAUCCAGUUAGUUUUACAAAUAAUACUAGGUAAUUAUUAGUUCAUAUUAUUAUUAUAGACGUGGGAAUAAACAACCACCUCCUAAAGCAAAUGUUAGACAAAAUAUUGAUGAUGAAUAAUUCUAAGAUGGGGUAGAAGAUAACUUUUUACCUUGA